CCAAAAGAAAGAACGACCAAUAAUCUCCCUUUUUCUUCAAUAUAUAAUAAAAUAAUGCAAUUCCAUUGUUAUAUUAACAAGAUUCAGUAUAUCUCAGCCCAGUCUAUGCAUCAGCAUUCACCAAAACCAUUUCCCCUUGUCCCGUUGUCCCCAUGUAAAUACCAAAACUUUCCCCUCCAUACCCAGAAACAGACCAUCUUUUCACUCAUUUCAGUUACCACUUUUUUCUGGAUUUUGCCUUCUCUCUUCUUUUGAUGAACCAUGGCUUCUAUGCUGUCUUCACAAGGGGUGGUUUUAGCCACCGCCAUGGCAGUAUCCGGCACCGUCCUCCUCCUCGCUUUCCGCCUGCAAAAGUCUCUGCCACCUGUCCAAUUCCUUGAUCAAAUCCCUCAGCCCUCACAACAAGUCCUCCGCUCUUGCAUCUCUUCUGAAGGGGGGAAGAAGAAAAAGAGGAAGAAGGUGCACUUUGCAAAGGAUGUGGUGGAUCCGAGAGGCAACGGAGAGGAGUUCCGGCGGCAGCUGAAGAGUGGUGGCGGUAGAAUCGGUGGCAAUUUUCCUGCGUUGAAGAAGAUUGGCGGCGGUGGUGGUACAGACAGGGAAAUGCCGGCGAACAGAGUAGUUCUGUACAAUGCAAUUCUCAGGGAUCGUGUGGUUCAACGAUUGGCCUACUCCUGUUGAGGAUUGAUUUUUAUUUUUUUAACAGGGUACAUAUUGUGUGUAUAUGGGUAUGUUUUUUUUUUUUUUUUUUUUUUUUUUUUUUUUUUUUUU